CAUGUAUGUUAGACGAGCAUGGAUGAUGCCGUCAUAACAGCCAUGGAGAGAUGGAGUUCGAACGCGCACUCUUCCGUAUUCAUCAGAAAGCACUCCUCACUGAGCCUUUACGACGAUUCCGGUUUCAUCUUGAGAGAGUUCUCCCAGCGCUUAUUGGGAUCCAAGUUCUGGUCCUAACAUGCUUGCACACUUGUUACGUGGGCCAGUCCAACUGCUUGCCAGAAGUUCUUCGGCAUGCUGGCCUUUGGAAUGAGUCCACCGAUGAGCCGUACUUGCCAGAGGAUGCCUUGCUCCACGUGAGCCUGAGCAAUGGGGAUGGCAUCACUGGCGUUACCCUCAUGGAGCGGCCCCAAAUAGGAGCUGUCAUCAAGGAUGGCUUCAAAGUGCAAGAGAAUAGAACCUUGCGGAGAAGUGGCAAACAUUUUCCUACCAACUCUGCCUCUGUUUUUGGCAGCUAUCGAUUUGCUUUAGACCGUGAGUUGGUGCAAAUGAGGAAAGCCGUGUUUGAGAAGCAUCACUUUGAAAUCCACAACAUCUCUGUCACUUCUAACUGCCUGGUUCCUUUUGGUCCACUGGCGGACGCCUUUCAUUUGUUUGAUGCCUGGGAUGGCUUGGUGAUCAACGAGCUUGCCUACAGCCUUCGAAGUCGCGGAUAUUUGGAGCGUUUGGAUGGUGCAGAAUCUGUGGUCGAAGUGUGGGCAUGGUCAGCGGAUCAGGUGGAAUCGCCUCUUCAGGCAUCAUUUCUUGGUUGCCUUUUUAGGAAGAUCAUGAUUCUACUGAGUGCAGUCAUGUCCUUUUGCCUCAUCUCCGCAAUAACUGGACUCUUCAUUCGCAUCGCUGUCCAUGGAUCAGCAGUGUUAAUGUUUCCCUUGGCCUUGGGCGCGCAGUACAUGGGCCUCAAUCACAGCCGAAUCUCGCUGAAUGUCCUGGCGCGGAGCUUUCCCUGGAUUGGAAUCCAUGUGGACGUCCUUCGUACAGGCCAGCGAGCAGUUUGGCCACUCUUUCGAUCUCACAUGUUGUUCUUGCUGGUCCAGUCCUUUGCAUACCUUAGCUGCAACCUGGCCUGGAGAUUCUUACUCUACCGGAAGUCAUCGCCUGAGGGCUUUGAAGAGAACAUUUUCAGCUUGUGUUCCUUGGUGGAGCUCUUCAAUCUGAUCUUUGUUCGGUCUGUGCACUCUGCUGGCUUUUAUCCCAAAGUAGUGACAGCCUCCAUCGUCUACUUGCACUUCUACAUUUUUUUGCUCCCUGUACCCAUUUCACAACUUGGCAUUUGCUGCUUGCUGCUCACUGUGUGCCUACGCGAUGGUCUACUGCUUGAACCAUUUCGAGGAGCCUGCCAUUCGGCAAGACCCUUUCAGCAGCAGCACACCAACAAAUGCACAUCCAAGAGCACUUUUCAUGCCAAUGCUUUCACCGUCAUGGACCAUGGAGGCUGCUCCACUCUGGACCAUGUUCUACCCUGCGGAGCCUCCGUCAGCCUUUCCUGAGGAUGCUAUGAGACACAUUCAGAGCGAAGAGUACAACAUGCCGUAAACGCACUCUGACUCUUGUCCCGGAGCACGUUGCAGCUUGCUAAUGUGCGGGUAAAACACCUGUGCAAUGCACCAGCCUGCAUCAAUCAUUCAGACAA